AGUCAGGUGCCCUGGUGUGUUGGUCCAGCAGUCGGGGAGAGCAGCUGUUGCUCCUGUGAUUGUGGAGGAGAUACAAUUGCAAGAGGUACCCAGUUCCACUGGAGAAUCAAAACUAAAUAGAGCUAUUACUGGACGUUUCUUCUUCAGAAUCCAUGGUUUCACAACUUUCCUUUGACUGUGUCCUGCUGCUGCUGCCACUACUCACAAGGUCUUUGGAAGGGGAAUACGUAGUUGAAGUGGGUCAGAAUGCUGUUCUGCCCUGCACCUACUCUCCAGCCACUCUUGAGAAUCUUGUGCCUGUCUGCUGGGGCAAGGGAUCCUGUCCUAUGUUUGAAUGUCAUAGUAUGGUGCUCAGCACAGAUGGAAGGAACUUGAAAUAUCAGACAUCCAACAGAUACCAGCUAAAGAGGAAUUUCCACAAAGGAGAUGUGUCCUUGACUAUAGAGAAUGUGACUCUAGCUGACAGUGGGACCUAUUGCUGCCGGAUUCAAUUCCCAGGCCUAAUGAAUGAUAAAAAAUCAAACCUGGAGUUGGUCAUCAAACCAGCCAAGGUCACCCCUGCUCGGCCUACACGCAGAGCCUUCGGUACAGCCUUUCCAAGGAUGCUCACCACCAAGGGAUAUGGCUCAGAGACACAGACACUGGAAGCCCUCCAUGAUAAAAAUCAAACUCAAAUACCCACAUUGGCUAACGCACUACAAGACUCUGCUGUGACCACCAGAAUAGGCAUCUACAUUGGAGUGGGGAUCUCUGCUGGGCUGACUCUCAUUCUUAUCAUUGCUGCUUUAAUUCUCACAUGGUAUUCUUAUAGCAAAGAGAAGUUACAGAAUUCAAGCCUGGUCACUUUGGCCAACGUCGCUCCCUCAGGGUUAGCAAAUACAGUAGCAGAAGGAAUGCACUCGGAGGAAAACAUCUAUAUCAUUGAGGAGAACAUAUACGAAAUGGAAGAUCCAUAUGAAUACUACUGCUAUGUCAGCAGCGAGCAACUAUCCUGACAACCCAGAGGUCUAACCCUUUAACCCUGCCAGAUCCCACUACUUCAUUUUUGAGCAUGGUAUCAUUGUGAAAACUAUGAAAUGUGUCAGCUGAUUGGUUUUAGAGGCCCUGUCCAUGGCCACCAAGCAGAGUUUUUACAUUUUGGGAGAUAAUUAGCUCACAUAGGGAUGGAACUGUGUCCUACACUGUAUUUAGGUACAACAUCACCUCUGUAUUUCAGCCAGUGGGGCUACCCAAUUCAGAGCAUGCUAAUUGGGGCAUUAGAGUUCAAAUGGGCUUUUAUAUAGAGUAGGAAUUUUUUUUUUUAAUGUUUAUUCACUUUUGAGAGAGAGAGACAGAGACAGAGACAGAGGACGAA